AUGGCCAUAGCUCAGGCCAUCAUAGUAGUUGCUGUAGAAGCUCAUCUCACAACCUCAACAGCCAACACCAUGUGUGGAAGCUACUACGGAAACUCUUAUGGAGGCUGCGGCUAUGGAGGCUGCGGCUAUGGAGGCUGCGGCUAUGGAGGUUGUGGCUAUGGAGGCUGCGGCUAUGGAGGCUGCGGCUAUGGAGGCUGUGGCUACGGAGGCUGUGGCUAUGGAGGCUGUGGCUACGGAGGCUGUGGCUAUGGAGGCUGCGGCUAUGGAGGCUGUGGCUAUGGAGGCUGUGGCUAUGGAAGCUCUGGCUACAAAGGCUGUGGCUACAGAGGCUGUGGCUAUGGAGGCUGUGGUUACAGAGGCCUGGGCUGUGGCUAUGGCUCCUGCUAUGGCUGUGGCUCUGGCUGUGGCUACUGGUAA